AUGUCCGUUUCCUCGAAUGCCUCCUCCGCCUCCAUCAAGGACAGCGUGGACAGCCCUAGCAGCACCACCAACACGGACAGCUCCGAGCUGACGCACAUCCUCAAUCGGCGCCAGGAGAUCAUGGAGUCCCAGGAGGCGGGCAUCGAAGUGCGUCGCACCUACAAGGUGGUCAACGUCUACACCGACUUCCCCGAGUUCUCCCGUAACCAGAUCAAGGACUACCAGAAGACCUUCAAUACGUACGAUACAGCUCGUGAUGGUUUCUUGGACUUGCAGGAGCUUAAGUUCAUGAUGGAGAAGCUGGGCGCUCCGCAGACGCAUCUGGGACUCAAGCAGAUGAUUGCCGAGGUGGACGAGGAUAACGAUGGCAAGAUUUCAUUCCGGGAGUUCCUGCUGAUCUUCAGGAAGGCCCAAGCCGGUGAACUGGACUCCGAUUCUGGGUUGAAUCAGCUGGCCCGCCUCACCGAGGUCGACGUGGAGCAGGUGGGCGUAAGCGGAGCCAAGAACUUCUUUGAGGCGAAAAUUGAGCAACAGCUGCGUACGAACAAGUUCCACGACGAGAUUCGGGCGGAACAGGAGGAGCGCCGGCGCGAGGAUGAGGAGCGGGCCCAGCGACGUCAGCAGUUCCAGCAGCGGGCAGCGAUCUUCCAGUAGAGGAUUCAUGUUCCCCUUAGUCUAGCACGUAAUUAUCUGGCGUAGGUUAAUCGAAUGUGGAACCAAACCCGGGAGAAUAGAAUACGCUUCGUACAAGCAUUUUUCAAGCAUCACAUACACUAAUUAUAUUCAAACUUAUCGUCCCAUACAUAUAUAAACUCGAUUUGCUGGCAAAAACAUCUCGGAAAUUGAAUGUUAUCUUUGACAAACGAAAUUAUGUUUUGGCUCUUUGAAGUUCACAUAACAACUUAUCAAGUAUCCAAACAUAAUGUUCAAUUUCUAAAAUAUAUUUUUUUAAAACCAACCAAACUGAGCCACUCUAGCCACUCACAUAUGCAUACAUACGUACAUAAAUAACGAUCAUACCAAAAGCGUAUUUAUAGUUAAUCUAUAGUUAAGUUUUAAAUGUUUUAUAUUAAGAACUACUUUAUUGUUUGGUGUUGCGCAAAAUUUCUUUGUUAAAUUACGUUAAUCUUUCAUGGCUAUCCAUGUGUAUGCUUUUUAAUUUAUGAUUUUGUACUUUUAGUGCCAUUUUUAUGUUCUUCGUUUUAGUUGUGUUAAUAAAAUUGAUAAUUAUGUUAAGCAAA